AUGACGUCACCGCCGGACUACGCGACCGCGGCAUCGCUUCGGUCGACGGCGGCUCAGAUGGCCGCCGGCAUCUCCGUCGACCUCGUCGUCGCCGCUCAGGUUCUCAUUUUUGCGAUAUCGUGUCGUUUUUGCCUGAUUUUUUGCAUUUUAUAAUGAGAAAAUGCCAUUUGGAAGUCUAGGCCGUGAAAAUUUAAGCCACCAGAAGCUUUAUUUGGAAAACUGGGCCACCGUUUUUUUUAUUUCAAAGCUACAAUUUCAAACCUUAUGACGCGCUUUUUUUCGUUUCUUUUUGAACAUUUGAACGGAAAAAAGCAUGUUUAAAGAAAAAUGAAAAAUGGAGGGAGUAAAACGGCCUGAAAACGCAUUUUGCUAUGAAAAAAUGCCAUUUGGAGAUCUAGGCCAUGGAAAUUUGAGCCAUGAAAAGCCUGAUUUGGAAAACUAGGCCACCGAUUUUUUUUUUUCGAAAGCUAUUAUUCCAAACCUUAUGACGCGAUUUUUUCGUUUCUUUCUGAACAUUCGGACGGAAAAAAGCAUGUUUAAAGAGAAAUGAAAAAUGGAGGUAGUAAAAUGGCCUGAAAAUACCCCCCUUGUUUUCCUUCUCGAAGUGCUCUUAUUUUUGCGAUAUCGCGUGAUGAAUCGAAAUUUUUCCGGAGUUUUUCGCUUUUUGUAUGAAAAAAUGCCAUUUGGGAAACUAGGUCAUGAAGAUUUGAGCCACCAAAAGCCUGAUUUGGAAAACUAGGCCAUCGUUUCCUUUUCUACAAUUCCAAACCUCAUGACGCGAUUUUCUCGUUUCUUUCUGAACAUUUGGACGGAAAAAACAUGUUUAAAGAGAAAUGAAGAAUGGAGGUAGUAAAACGGCCUGAAAACGCAUUUUGCUAUGAAAAAAUGCCAUUUGGAGAUCUAGGCCAUGGAAAUUUGAGCCAUGAAAAAGUCUGAUUUGGAAAAACUAGGCCACCGAUUUUUCGAAAGCUAUUAUUCCAAACCUUAUGACGCGAUUUUUUUCGUUUCUUUCUGAACAUUCGGACGGAAAAAAAGCAUGUUUAAAGAGAAAUGAAGAAUGGAGGUAGUAAAACGGCCUGAAAAACGCAUUUUGCUAUGAAAAAAAUGCCAUUUGGAGAUCUAGGCCAUGGAAAUUUGAGCCAUGAAAAGCCUGAUUUGGAAAAACUAGGCCACCGAUUUUUCGAAAGCUAUUAUUCCAAACCUUAUGACGCGAUUUUUUUCGUUUCUUUCUGAACAUUCGGACGGAAAAAAAGCAUGUUUAAAGAGAAAUGAAGAAUGGAGGUAGUAAAAACGGCCUGAAAAACGCCUUUUUGCUAUGAAAAAAAUGCCAUUUGGAGAUCUGGGCCAUGGAAAUUUGAGCCACGAAAAGCCUGAUUUGGAAAACUAGGCCACCGAUUUUUUUUUUUCGAAAGCUAUUAUUCCAAACCUUAUGACGCGAUUUUUUCGUUUCUUUCUGAACAUUCGGACGGAAAAAAGCAUGUUUAAAGAGAAAUGAAGAAUGGAGGUAGUAAAACGGCCUGAAAACGCAUUUUGCUAUGAAAAAAUGCCAUUUGGAGAUCUAGGCCAUGGAAAUUUGAGCCAUGAAAAGCCUGAUUUGGAAAACUAGGCCACCGAUUUUUUUUUUUCGAAAGCUAUUAUUCCAAACCUUAUGACGCGAUUUUUUCGUUUCUUUCUGAACAUUCGGACGGAAAAAAGCAUGUUUAAAGAGAAAUGAAAAAUGGAGGUAGUAAAAUGGCCUGAAAAUACCCCCCUUGUUUUCCUUCUCGAAGUGCUCUUAUUUUUGCGAUAUCGCGUGAUGAAUCGAAAUUUUUUUCCGGAGUUUUUUUCGCUUUUUUUGUAUGAAAAAAAUGCCAUUUGGGAAACUAGGUCAUGAAGAUUUGAGCCACCAAAAGCCUGAUUUGGAAAAAACUAGGCCAUCGUUUCCUUUUUCUACAAUUCCAAACCUCAUGACGCGAUUUUCUCGUUUCUUUCUGAACAUUUGGACGGAAAAAACAUGUUUAAAGAGAAAUGAAGAAUGGAGGUAGUAAAACGGCCUGAAAACGCAUUUUGCUAUGAAAAAAUGCCAUUUGGAGAUCUAGGCCAUGGAAAUUUGAGCCAUGAAAAGUCUGAUUUGGAAAACUAGGCCACCGAUUUUUUUUUUUCGAAAGCUAUUAUUCCAAACCUUAUGACGCGAUUUUUUCGUUUCUUUCUGAACAUUCGGACGGAAAAAAGCAUGUUUAAAGAGAAAUGAAGAAUGGAGGUAGUAAAACGGCCUGAAAAACGCAUUUUGCUAUGAAAAAAAUGCCAUUUGGAGAUCUAGGCCAUGGAAAUUUGAGCCAUGAAAAGCCUGAUUUGGAAAAACUAGGCCACCGAUCGAAAGCUAUUAUUCCAAACCUUAUGACGCGAUUUUUUUCGUUUCUUUCUGAACAUUCGGACGGAAAAAAAGCAUGUUUAAAGAGAAAUGAAGAAUGGAGGUAGUAAAACGGCCUGAAAAACGCCUUUUGCUAUGAAAAAAAUGCCAUUUGGAGAUCUGGGCCAUGGAAAUUUGAGCCACGAAAAGCCUGAUUUGGAAAAACUAGGCCACCGAUCGAAAGCUAUUAUUCCAAACCUUAUGACGCGAUUUUUUUCGUUUCUUUCUGAACAUUCGGACGGAAAAACAUGUUUAAAGAGAAAUGAAGAAUGGAGGUAGUAAAACGGCCUGAAAACGCAUUUUGCUAUGAAAAAAAUGCCAUUUGGAGAUCUGGGCCAUGGAAAUUUGAGCCACGAAAAAGCCUGAUUUGGAAAAACUAGGCCACCGAUUUUCGAAAGCUAUUAUUCCAAACCUUAUGACGCGAUUUUUUUCGUUUCUUUCUGAACAUUCGGACGGAAAAAAAGCAUGUUUAAAGAGAAAUGAAGAAUGGAGGUAGUAAAACGGCCUGAAAACGCCUUUUGCUAUGAAAAAAUGCCAUUUGGAGAUCUGGGCCAUGGAAAUUUGAGCCACGAAAAGCCUGAUUUGGAAAACUAGGCCACCGAUUUUUUUUUUUUUCGAAAGCUAUUAUUCCAAACCUUAUGACGCGAUUUUUUCGUUUCUUUCUGAACAUUCGGACGGAAAAAAGCAUGUUUAAAGAAAAAUGAAAAAUGGAGGGAGUAAAACGGCCUGAAAAUACCCCCUUGUUUUCCUUUUCGAAAUGAAAAAAUGGAAAAGAAAAUAAGAGAGGCGAAUCGUUCGCUUCCAAGAUUUACGGGCGCCAAUUUCGGCGCCGCGGCUUUUCGUUCUCCUCCACGUUUUCUUGGUAGAAGGGGGGUUUUUAUUCGAAGAUUGGACAGGGUUUUUUCGAAUGGAAAGCCUAAAAUGUUGAAUUUUAGAAGUUCUUUAUACUUUUUUAUCGUUUUCUUAGUUCAAAGGCGACCAGAAUGAUGAUAAAUUUGCGCAGAUCAUGAACCUUUUUUGUGGCCUAGUUUUCCAAAUGAAAUUUUCGGCUUUAGAAAAAAAAAAUUUGUGGGAGAAAAGCGAUUUUUUCAGUGGCCUAGUUUUUGAAUUCAAUUUUGGUGGCCUAGUUUUCCAAAUGCAGUUUUUCAUUCCUAAGAAAAAACUUGUUAUGGUAGAAGAGUCAAGGCUUUUUGAGGAAAGUUUCGAUUUUUUUAUGAGUUCUCUUUAUUUUUUUAAUAUUUUCCCUGUUGAAAGGCGAUCAGAAUGAUGUAAUAAUCUUUUUGUGGACUUGAGCCUUUUUUGGUGGCCUAGUUUUCCAAAUGCUAACAAAAAAAAUUUAAAAAAACGAUAGAUGUGAGCAUUGUAGAGCGAAUAUUCUGAAGGCCUAGUUCUCCAAAUGAGUUUUGAUGGCCUAGUUUUCCAAAUGAGUCUUGACGGCCUAGUUUUCCAAAUGCUAACAAAAAAAGUUUUAAUGGUUAAUGUGAGCGUUGUAGUGCCACUUUCUCAGAGGCCUAGUUCUCCAAAUCAGUUUUGGUGGCCUUGUUUUCCAAAUGAGUCUUGACGGCCUAGUUUUCCAAAUUAAGAUUUUUGUUUGCAGAAAAACUUUAUGGUAGAUUUGAGUAGUUUAGCGCAACUUUUCCGAGGGUAUAGUUUUCCAAAUGAGUUUUCACGGCCUAGUUUCGCAAAAAAAUUAAAAUCAAAGAACUUUGUGUGAAAAAAAAAAUCAGCAGCGUAGUUUUUUUUUGGACUUUCAUAGAUUCUUUCAUAGCUCUUAUAAGAUUACUGUUUCAUUUUUCAGCGAGAAGCCAAUUUCCUGCGGAUGAUCGACCGAAAAGCCCCAUUAUUAUACGAAGCUGACGUCGUGAAUCAGGCGAUCCGUCGUUAUGAGAGCUAUUGGCUCCCUAUGCAGGUGCUUUUUUCGAUUUAUCAGAAAUUAAAAUGAGUUUUGAGCAAUGAAAUGUAUAUCAUUAGAAUCAGCUUCAUCUCCUCUUUUGAAUGCUACCAAAAAUGUUAUUUUUUUUGCUCUUUCUGUCUGGAAACCUCCACCUUUUCCAUUAUCUCUAAUUUUUUGAGAUUUUAGCGAUUUGACUCAAUCUCUCAAAGCUUGAUAAAGCCUUGGAAAAUGAAAGUUUGAUCCUUUAAAGCAAAAUUUCUUGCUUUUUAUGGUAUUGAGAUCAUUAGGUGUUUUUUUCUGUAACUUUCUGGAAACGUCCACUUUUUCCAUAGUCUCUAAUUUUUUGUUGUUCAGCCUUUUUUGACCCAAUUUCUCAAAGUUCCGAAGUUUUAGAGAAUCGAAUUUAUAUCAUUAGAAUCAGUUUAACCUCCUUUUCUGAAUAGUACCAAAAAAUUAUGGGUUUUCAGCUUUUUCUGUCUGGAAACCUCCACCUUUUCAUAAUCUCUAAUUUCUUGUUAUUCAGGCUUUUUUGACCGAACUUUUCAUAGCUUGAGAAAGUCUUAAAAAAAUGAAAAUUUGAUCCUGGAAAGCAAAAUUUCUUGCUUUUUAUGGUAUUGAGAUAAUUAGGUUGUUUUUUUCUGUAACUGUCUGGAUACCUCCACUUCUUUCAUUAUCUUUGAUUUUUCUUGAGAUUUGGAAAGUUUGACCCGAUUUUUCAAAGCUUGAGAAGCUUUGGAAAAUGAAAAUUUGAUACUUGAAAGCAAAAUUUCUUGCUUGUUAUGGUAUUGUCUGGAAAAACCUCCACUUUUUCCGUUAUCUCUAAUUUCUUGAGGUUUGAGCAUUUUUGCCCCAAUUUUUUAAAGUUUGAGAAAGCUUUGGAAAAGGAGAAUUUUAUCCUUGAAAGCAAAACUUUUUGCUUUUUAUGGUAUCGUUGGAUUUUUCUGUAACUGUCUGAAAACCUCCACUUUUUCCAUUAUCUCUAAUUUCUUGAGAUUUUAUCGAUUUGACCCGAUUUUUCAAAGCUUGAUAAAGCCUUGGAAAAUGAAAAUUUUCAUCCUUGAAAUUUAGAUUUCUUGUCCUCUAUUAUUAUGAAAAGUAUUCGUCUUUUUUUCUCUAACUGUCUGGGUACCUCCACGUUUUCUAUGAUCUCUGACCAGCCGUCCUUUGACAAAAUUUUUCUGAACCUUCAGGAAGAACCUUAUAUCAUUAGGAACAGAAUUUAUCCCUCUCCCUCUGAAUUUUUCAUAAUUUGGGAACUUGUAUGAUGAGAUUUCCAGGCAACUCACCCCGAUAUGAACGUAAUUCCGCCCUUGGACGUCCAUUGGGUCUGGCACACUCAUAUGCUCAGUCCGAUACAUUACCAAGAGGUAUAUUUUAUUCAUUUUUUUUUCAACAUCUUUUCAAACUUGCGAAAUUAGCUUGAAAAUAGGUGAUUUUGAGAAAAAAGGUCGCAUGGGGAAUGUCUCGCGAAGCGUGAAGUUUGAAAAAUAGAAAACUGUCUAGAACUGGAAUUUUUUUCGGUGAUUUUAUAUCCAGCAGAAGCUUUCGAAAAAGGCUUUUCUUGUUGGAGUUUUGACCAGAGCUUGGAACUUUCUAAGCACCCCCGACAAUUAG